UUUGGAACUGUAUUUAUCAAUAAUUAAUGAAGAAAAUUGAAGAUGAUUUUAGAUGAAAAUGAAGAGAUGGAAUUAGGGAUUGAUGAUGUUGAAAUGGAUCAUGAGGGAGAAAAUGAAUGUAAAGAAUUAGAUAUAUCUUUGGAUGAACCUAGAAAUGUUACAAAGAAUAAAAACGGUGUGGCGUAUAACUUUAAAGAACUAGGCAUACAAAAAAAUGAAUUUUUAAAUGAAGUGAGACCUGAAGCUUUGUAUUUAAAAGGAGUGGAUCAAAUGUCUACAGAUGAUGUAAAAAAGUAUUGUAUUACUUAUUAUCCAACCGUUUCUCCUUCGAUUGAAUGGAUUGAUGAUUCAUCAUGUAAUUUAGUAUAUUCUGACGCUUCAACUGCAUUAUCUGUGCUUUCUAGUAUUUCUUGUUUUAAAGUUGAUACAUUAUAUACUAGUUCUCUUGUACCGGCAAAAACGUGUUUAAAAUAUAAUAAUGCUCAAUUAUUCAUAAGACAUUCUAGCACUUCUGAUAAAAAGACUCCUGGUGCAAGAGAAAGAAGUAGAUGGUACCUUUUUCAUCCACAUCCUAGUGAGAAAAGAUAUAUAUCAUAUCGUCGUAAACAGAAUACUUCUCGAAGAUUUAGCCCAUAUAAAUAUUCAAGAGAUCAAUCUAAUUUAGAAGUCAAUUUUUUAUCUAAAAAAGAUAGACCAGUAUUAUCAUCAACGUUGCAUGACUCUUCAUUUCUUCAUUCAGAUUGUGAUCGUCAGACGUCUGAAAAUUCUUUAUCGUUGACCAGCACUUCCUUAAAAAGUAAUAUUGAAUUGUUUCCUGAAAAAUUGGCAAAUUUAACCUCUAAUGAGUUAUUUCCUAAGAAAUUAAUGAAAUUAAAUCAUAGAAAAAUUUCUUCUGAAGAAUCAAAUGAAGUUUCUCAUAAAGAACUUUUUCCCGAAAAGUUGAAUUUUCAAAGACAUGUUAGCUAUUUUUCUUCAAAUAAUACUACAAUAGAGAAAACUCCUUUUAUUUUGAAUAUAAAGGGUUCUUCAAAACGCAGAAAUAAAGCAACAGAUAUGUUUUAA